AUGACCGAAUGGCUCACCGACUUCGGCGGUCAAGGCGAGCCGACCUUAGCGGGACACGUCUUCGAUGUGUCCUCGGAGGUCACCGUCAUCAUCUCGGCCCACGAAGCCUCCCCCCUGAUCGCGGCAAGCACUCGAGUCGGGGUCAUCGGCGGCGUACGCGUUCAAGGCGACCGUACCGCCCUCGCCAGCAAAGAUUCCGACUUUUUCAUGAUGAUCGGAAGUGAGCGUGCGAGAUACCGAUCAAUUCCCUCCGUCAAGCAUCGGGUGGUUCGAGUCAUCGACCUCGAGAUCCUCGAACGUCAGGGAAAGUUCCCCGGUGCGGAAGGAAGGUUCGUUGCGGGUUGAUGAUGGGAUGCGAUUACCUUCCAACCGGUAUCAAAGGUCACGGUCCGGCCAAGCUCGAAAAGUUGGAUCCGUCACUCUUUCAACUCGCCACUUGGAUCCAAGGUUAUCAACACGCCACAGCGGUCCUGCAUCGAGUCGAGCCUCGAUGGGCGGCGUUGAACAAGCCCAACGGCACCGAGAUUGACCUGGUUCGCGCCAUCUGCGACGCGAUCACUCCGAUCCGCAACCUUUACGACUUCUCUCCGUGCGACUUGGUCUCGAAGCCACCGAGCUCUCCGCGAGCCAUCGGGCACUCCCCCCGGGUCCUCUUCCCCGACACUUCGUUCGAUGGGGGUUCGGACAAACACCUGCGUCGCCAGUCCACGCCCGCGCUGCAGCGGUUCCGGGCAACCCCGCUCCUGCAAGGGCGCCAAGGCCGCGGAUUCGAGAUGGGACCCCUCCAGCCUCUCGCAUUGAUUCGCGAUCGGAAGACACGACACGAGGCCGCGGCCGUUCGGCGACUCGAGGCCGCCCAGCCCGGGAGAUGUGCGUCGACCCGCCAGAUUGCGAUCAAGGGUUACUGGUUCGAUCGACUCGAAUAA